UGACAAUGACAACGACAGUUCAAAAUAGUUCUUUGUAGGAGGCGGUCGGUUGUUUGCUAACGAAUAAAAAUACAAAUUAUUAAAUUUUCAAGCAUUGGCAGCGGUUGUUUAAAUUCUUUACGAUGACAAAAAUGUCAAUAUAAUUUUUUUCACGUAAUAAACCGAUAUUUUAGUGCUGAAUAAAUCAUAAGUGUCGCAUCAAUGGCUUCUACACCGAAGCAAGUCAACGGGUCCAAUAACGGCCUUUUGGGAAAGCGGAAGAAACCGAAGCGCACCAAAGGAUCCUAUUUAUCUAAAUGGCUAGAUAAAACUAUACAGCACAUUCAUGAGGCGACUCCAAGUAUGGACACCUAUGAGCCGUUUUUAAAUACCAACUGGCAGAGUUCUCAGUUCGCACCCGGCUACGAGCCGUGUAGGUACAACAUGUAUGGCUGCGCCGAGCCAAUGUCGCUUCCUACUCUGCCCACUUACUAUAACCAUGCAAUGCCGCCUUUCUACAAUUCUGAGUAUCGAUACCAGCCCGUUAAUAGGAGUACACAAGUUCAACGGCCAAGGCCUCGACGGCGAAGCGAUCAGAAAGUGGAAGAGGUGCAGACAACCCCAAAUAGCACUUUGAGUAACACAAAUUACUUGCAACCAAAGAAUUUUACAGAUAGUCAAGACUAUGCGAGCUUGCCGCCGAUCGUGACGUCAGUUGGCGACACAAAUUCUAAUAGUGACUUGCAUACUAAUGAUAAGGAUGAUUGUAGUAACACUAGGAGAUUCAGUGACCCCUGUGUUAGGGGAUUGCCGGAUGUAGCAAGGCCUAAUGGGGAUGUGGAGUCUGAUUCAGAGUCAGAUUCUAGCUUCUCUGGCAGCCAAGUUGGCAGUCGACUCUUAGCACAUUUACUAGACCAAAUAACUGCAAUGAAAUUGGCAAAUGAUAGACUGAAUAAAGAAUUAUAUGAAACUAGAGCUGAAUUAGAGAACAUGCGACAACACCAUGCCAUUCUCCAAAAAGGACCCAGCUCAAACAUGGGCGCCACCUCCAGCCACCCACACCUCACCGACAAUGGUGUGCCAGGUGGGCAUUACUCUCCUGGCUUCCUGUCUGACCUCGUGAGGGAGAUCAGAGACGCGGCCAGGGUACGAGAGGAGGCCCUGUACUCCAGGGUGCGAGCUAUGGUCAUCGAGAGGACGGACAGUGGUAUGGCAUCGGCAGAAGCAAAAUAUCAUGAGAAAACUCUUGAAGAGGUCAAGAGUUCUCUGCGUGCUUCGGAAGCGGACAAGCGGCGCAUGAUGGAUCGUAUAGCGAAGCUGGAAGACGACCUCCGGCAGCUCAGGGUAGCCAGCGGAUUGGAAUCAAACGAAAUAAAAACGAACGGUAACAUAGAGGACGCGGAGGCAGAACGCUUGCGCCUGCGCAAGGAGGUGGCGGACAUGCGCAAAGCGAAGCAGAACGCGGAGGACCACGCCCUCAAACUGGAGCGCCUAGUGACGCAACUCCGUUCGAAAUUCAACGGACUCCAACUGUCGAACGGUCCCGACUCCCUGCCUUCCGACAUCGACGAGACGACUCGCCCCCGACGGACGAGCGUCAACUCGUCCAACUCCACGGUCGUAUUCGGCCCAGUCACAGACUUGUAGCGAACGGAACCUGUAUAUAUGAUCUGCGCUAUUGUAGCAGAUCUCUUCUGGUCCUUACUUUAUAGGUGGCGUUAAGGAAUUGAUUAUAAUUAUUCAGAAUAAACAAGCGGUUUGAUAUCAACCAAUCACACAGCUUUGUUAUUUGUAAACGUUACCUGAUUGGUUGAAUUUUUCACGCGUCUGUAAGAUCUACGAACUGAUGUCGCAAUUGUUCUCUGCCAUAAAGUCCUGUGGUGCUUGGCGUAUUUAUUAUGAGAAAAGCAAGAACUGUAUAGAUAGACUAUUCGAUUAUAUUGUAAUUAUCGAAUAGGUUUCUUUUGCAUCUUUCAUAUAACCUUUUUGUGACUUUGAAAAUACAGCCAUUGGACAUAUUUUUUUGCUAUUAAGACGUGUUUCUCUUUUGGAGGUAGAAAUUCAGUGUCAGACAUCUAGUCGGCAAGUAAAUGGACCAAAGACCACAAUGUGAACAUCUUAUUCUCCAUCAUUAAAAUAAACAAGUUAACUGAUGAUCAAUAAAAGGUAGGAAUCUCGGUGGCAAGUAUAUAAAAUAACUAUUAAUUUCGACUAUUAUUUGCAAACAAAAAUCUUUAUCUUAAACACAUCAAAGAAGGAAGUACAGUUCUGUGCAAAAGUGAUUACCUAUCGCACAUUGAAAUUUAAACGCAAAUUCCAGUACAUUUUGCAAUAUUUAUAUAACCGGUGUGUGAUUAGAAACAUCACAUACAUUAUGUAUUCAUAAUAUAAUAUACAUAGUUGAUUUGUAAAUGUGUUUGCCUACUCAUUAAAACUCAAAGAUACGUAUAGAAGAAGCGCGUUUGUUGGUAUUUUCAAUUUUCGACCAAUUCGCUUUUCACGCCUCCACAUUAAAGCGCUUUUAAUAAAUAUUUACAUCGAUCGGUAACUACGGUGAUGUUUUUUUAUUCACAUAUCAUUGUUAUUUUUGCUUUUAAAAUUAUCGUUCUGAAUGUGCAUUUAUGAGAAAUGUAUGAUUUACACGUUUAAAAUAUAAAUGUUAUUGUUUUCACAUACAUAUCCUAUUUAAUGGUUUGCUAACUGCUAAUAUUAUUCAUUUAUCAAGUAAAUUUGAAAAUUCUCUCAUCCUAUCUACAUAUUGCCAUUAAAAAUGACAUGUUAAAUCAGCGAAUUAAAACAAGCAUUCUAAGUCGCUCCUGAAAGUUGAGAAAUUUAUCUUUAACUUUUAAGAUAUUGAAUUUUGUGUGCGAUUUUCCGUCUAUAUUUAUGUUACAAUUAUCUAGAUUAAAGACUAACCUAAAUAUUGUUUCUUGCUCAUUGUGCUUAUGUGAUUUUUUUAUUGUAGAAUUUACUAAUCAUGAUUUUCAGUUUGCGUAAUUAGUUUAACAUGUGUGAGUUUAGAAGUUUCAGAAAUUAUUUUAUCGACAAGUUUUUUUGCUCGUUUUAACAUUUCACUUGGUUUAUUUCACUGAUCAACAAAGUGCAACAAGAACAACUAGUUUUCGCUUCGCAAAAUAGAAUACUACAAAAACGGGACUGACACCAUCGAAAAGAUAUUCUUGUCGCACAUCUAGUUUGCUUUUAAGUUUUUUAUAAAUUUUGAUGAUAAAUUUCCUACUUGAUUCAGGUCCUCAAGUUAAGCUCAGUUCAGACGGAGUUCCUUCACGGUAAAAAUCUGACGUGCUCAGUUCUCAUUCUGUCUGAAACUAUUCCCCGACUAUUGUCUUUUUUUAUCAUCGGGAGAUUGGGCAGGACUUUCUUUUAACAUUGACAGAAAGUUUAAAAAUUAAAAAGUCUAAGUAACAAACGAUCGUAGGAAAGAUAUCAAGAAGGACGCAGACUGAACAGAAACUUGAAUAUGACUAAUGUGAUAUACAAUAAGCUCUUUGAUGGUGACAAUCCUGUAUGGAAGUGAAUGAUCAAUGUGAUUAUAAUAUUAUGGAUUAAGGUAAGGCUAAAAAAGUUAAUAGUAUUUCGUUUCAUUUUAAUUUUUAAUAUCAAUAUGAAUGAUUGGUCUCAAAAGAUAAACACAAAUUUUAAUCCCAAUUGUUAUCGAUGAACAAGUACUGAUUUUUACGAUUUUAUAGACAUUGGUCACAUUACUAACCACCGAUCACUUAGAAUAGACUGAUUUACUAACUUUUAAUGUAUAACAUACCAAAAUUGAGAUUUUAGUGCUACUAAUUACUUAUUUAUUCGUGUGAUGUGAAAAGCAUUAUGUUAAAGAGCGUGUGUGAAUUUGUUUUAUGUAUUGUGAUUUUAUUUUUACUUUAGUAUAGAUAUAUCGUUAUUGGUACACAUACUUUUAAUUUCGUGACGUGUUCAAUAUAUACGUUAAAGUUAAAAGUUGGUAAUCUGUAAACGAAAUCACCUUUUUUAUCAAAGAAUAUAAAUUCUUAAAGAAAAUUAUCAGAAUAUUUUCAUUAUGGUUUGUAAAUGUUUACUUGAAACACUAAAGUCAAUGCUCCCAGUAUGAGUCAAGACGAAAUAAAGGACUUAAGGUUAUAUCCUAAAUUGGAAUAUUUGACCAUUUUAUCGACAGAAUAUUAAUGACAAAUGUACACACCUAUGUAUCCUAAGAUGACUUCUGGCAUUUACUUGGCUCCACUUAAUGUAUAGCCUAAAUAGGGAUGGUCACUGAAAAUGUGAAGAAAGAUUUCAGUAGAAAAAUUAACUUACGAAAAUAGUGUCAUCCAAAAAUGGUACUAUGUAUCUAUCAUUUUUGUGAGUAAUUAUUAAACUUACGUAAAUCAAACUUAAGUCCUAAAAAAAAGAAAAUUUUAUAAUGUUUUUACUUAUAUUCAGUACCAGAAACACUAAGCUAUCUAUUACUACUAUAAAAUAUAUUAAUCACGAUAAAGUGUCUAAAAGUCUCUUAUUAACACAUUUUCAAGCUUGUAUCACAGUCUUAGGGCUCCUUCAUAGAAUUAUACUCUAGUAAGCAAUAUUAAUGAUUGCCAAAACACGUUUGUGUCAAAUAAGUAAUUAUUUAACAAGAGUCAUAUUAUUAAUCAAUAAGUUAAUAUGGUUAUGUCUAAGCAAUCGUAUUGUAUAUAUAAUUGUAUUGGCUCCUUAAAGGCGGAAAGUUUUACUAGUAAUUGUAAACCAAUGCUUUUGAUAUAAUUUAUAAAUUAUUUAUGAGUAGUUUGCUGUAAUGAAAAAUGGGAUAACAGCCCUUGGUUUUGCAAUUUUACGUAAAUUUUGAUAUAAAUGUAAAUCCGAUUUUAAAUUCGUUAGAUACUUCCAUAAACGUUCCUUAAAAAAAAUGCUAUUACGUCAUAGAAAGAGCCAGUACAAUAAUAUUUGAUAUAAAAUUAUGGUGCCUUAUUGUAACGUGUCCGCCCAUUAGAAACGGUUGUUGUCGCAUGUUGUAUACUGCUAUUAGUGUUGUAGUGUUUUAUUAUAAAAAUUCGAACAAAUUAAGUAAAAAUAUUUGAAUAAAGUUGAAAGAAGAAUUCCUUUUUAUAAUUCCAGGAUUACACGUGAUGUUAUCCCUUGUAAUCCUUGAAACCUUUCCUCAAAAUUAUUUUUACUUCAUUUAUUCGGAUCGUAUGCAGGGUGCAACAAAAAGAGUAAAUCUAUAUUUACAGCUAUAUUUCAGUGCACACAUCUUUAAUUUUUAAUUUAAAAUUAUCACCUUAAUAUUUUAUAGCGAACAAAUUUGAUGGGAAAUGUACUUACCAUUCAUAGUUCGUAAGUGUUUACUGCUAAAAAUCUACAAUGGCCUACAAAAGUAAACAUUUACGCUUUUUGUUGCGACUUGCAAAGUCCUGAAUCUGCACAUUGAUAGUAUUUGCAUUCAAGUAUGUAGAUACCUUUAUUUUGACAAAAUAAAAUAUCUAUUUAUUCUUAUCUUACAUCGACUGCUUGCUCAAUUAAAAAGCGCUAAGCCUUUAAAUGUAAUUUUCUUUUCGAUGUUGCUCAAUUUGUACGAAUAAAUAAAAAAAAAAUAUAUUUUAAGGGCCUGUAAAUGUGUUUCAUCAAUAUAUAGUAACUAUAUUACCUCAAUGUCAGUGUUUUCACGAUAAGUGUUAUUUUUUUAUUAAAACUAAAUUACAAAAAAAGUAAUAUUAAUUCAACGUGCAGGUUCGGGUCUUUUUAUUGACUUUGUACUCGAAUCCCGGAUAUUAUAGAAUAUUCAUAGAAUCCAAUAAAGCACUUACUCAGCGCGGAAGUGAGCCGGAUCUUUACGUGUUGACUUAAAUACUCAAUUACAGUGUUGCAAAUGUUUACGAUAGCUAAAUCGAUUGUUAAUUAAUAUCGGUGAAAUAAGGGUUUAAUAAAUUAU